AUGGCGCCUCCAGCAAUUAUUGCACCCUCCAUCCUCUCUGCCGACUUCGCCAAUCUUGGUGCGGAAUGCUCGAAUCUCAUGAAGGCGGAUAGCGAUUGGAUCCAUGUCGACAUUAUGGAUGGUCAUUUUGUGCCCAAUAUAACCUUUGGUGCCCCGGUGGUGUCGAAGAUUCGGGCCCAUGUGCAGAAACCAGCGAGCAUCGGUGGAAAGGGGACGUUUGACUGCCAUAUGAUGAUUGCAGAGCCUCAAAAAUGGGUAAAAGAAUUUAAACAAGCUGGCUGCGAUCUUUAUUGUUUCCAUUGGGAGGCGGCGAUGACUUCCACUGCUGCGAAGGAUCCAGCUGAUAAAGAGACCACGGCGAGGACCAGCCCGAAGGAACUGAUCCGGUAUAUCCACGAGACGGGAAUGCAAGCGGGAAUUGCACUCAAGCCGGCGACUUCGGUGGACGUCCUGUGGGAUAUCUUGGAGAAUCCCGUGGAGAUCGAGAGGCCGGAUAUGGUCCUGAUAAUGACAGUCAACCCGGGCUUUGGCGGACAGAAAUUCAUGGCUUCUGAACUCCCCAAGGUCGAGGCCCUGAGAAAGAAAUAUCCGGACAUGAACAUUGAGGUCGAUGGAGGUUUGGGCGUGGGAACCAUCGACCAAGCUGCUGACGCUGGCGCCAACGUGAUCGUAGCUGGAUCGGCGGUCUUUGGAGCCAAGGAUCCUGCAGAGGUUAUUGCAAAGCUUCGAGAGGCCGUGGAGAAGAGGAGAAGCGCAUGA